AGGUCACUCUGUUCCUUCUGCUUCCGUCGUGUCGGCUGUCGCUGACACAGAAGUGCAGGUUAAGGGCUCCUGCGAAACCUAAACAAAAUACUCUUAAUUUUGUUUAGAUUAGUAUUAUUUGUUUGUUGUUCGUGAUAACAUGGACGUCGACACCGAGAAUAUUCUCAAAAUAGUAUUUCCCCAUGGGAUUAAAGAUGAAUGGCGUGAUAACCCAGAGUUCAUACAAUAUGUUCCAAGACUUGGGUCCAUGAGUCUAGAUCAAUUAAACAAAGAACCCGACCGCCUUACUGAGGAUAAAGCUGCUGUGUUGGCGCAAACUCAAGAUCUUGCCUUUGCUAAUUACAAAACAUUCAUUCGGACAGCUGAAUGCUCACGAGACACCUUCCAAAAGUUAAACAAGUCGGAAGAAAGCUUAGAGUCUUUGCUGAGGGGUUUACCUAGUUUAUCUCAGAACUGUCAAGAAUUUGUUCGAUCCUCAUCUGAUAUAAAUGUUCACCGCAGGCUAAAUUCCUUGACCUUAACUCGUAAUGCUCAACUCCUCGAGAUCCUAGAACUACCCCAACUUAUGGACACAUGCAUCCGAAAUGGGAACUAUGAAGAUGCUUUAGAACUAGCAGCUUAUGUGAGGAGGCUUGGAAAGAAACAUUUCAAUAUUCCCAUUAUUGCUAAUGUGGUAAAUGAAGUUGAGACAGCAUGGCUGUCAAUGUUACAACAGUUACUCUCCACUCUACGUACUGAUUUACCCCUUCCAUCUGUGCUACAAAUUGUGGGAUACCUGAGGCGGAUGGAACUUUUCUCUGAAGUGGAGCUCAGAUUGAAGUUUCUGCAAUGCCGUGACUCAUGGCUCCAAGCUAUGUUAACAGCAAUACCCAAAGAAGAUGCCCUCCAUCAUCUAAGCCGAACAGUGGAACUAUCUCGUGUGCAUUUAUUCAGUAUAAUCACACAAUACAGAGCUGUAUUUGGUGAUUCUGAAGCUGACAUCUCUCAUUCUUCAAGCAAUUACAACACGCUAUUUUACUCCUGGAUCAUGGAGAAGGUGAUGCAGUUCCUCUCUACCCUAGAGAAAGACCUUGCUCAUGGAGUUGGUUCAUCUCUUGAUUCAGUGGUCAGGCAGUGUAUGUACUUUGGACUGUCUCUCAGUCGGGUGGGAGCUGAUUUUAGAGGGCUUCUAGCUCCCAUAUUUGUAAAAGCCCUACAGCAAAGUAUUGAAGUUUCCAUUGUCAAAGCAACCAGGAAGUUUGAGCAAGAUAUGGAAAACUUUACUCUACCAAAAAUUCAUUCAUCAAUUGCUCGGUCAUUAGGAUCAAUGCAAGACAGUAAUGAACAGCAUCCUCCAGAAAUAUUGCUGGAGUUCCGACCAUUAGCAGACUAUUGCAAUGCCAUAAUUAUGUGCUUCAACGACAUAAGAUUGUGCGCUCCUGUCGCUUUGGCUGCUAAGGCAACAAGUUUGUUGCAAGAGUCACUCUGCUCUGUUGCAAAAAGCAUGCUAACAUUUUAUAGACAGGAGCAGCAAGCUCUGACAUCCACAGAGAAGGAAGCAUUUACUCGUUUCUGUGCGUGUAUGGCUGACCAUCUUUUGCCUUUCCUUCAACGCUGCCUUCAUGUUGUUUUUCCAUCUGCAACAAUUGCAACUCACCUUGGUGUGAAUGUUCACCAACUGCAAAAAGAGCAUAUAACAUUUUUGGAUCGUUCAAUUGUGUUGGAUUCUAUCAGUCACCUUCUUCCUGUGAAAGUUGAGUUACCUCCAUUGCAAAACCUUCAUUUGAAUGAGGCGUCUCCUCCCAGCCAAGAAGAAGUCACGGUUCCAAGUACCCUGGACUCCACAGAAUUAAAAGUUAGCAGUACCAGUGACACCAGUUCUGUAGUAGCUUCUGUUGAACCACCCCCUUUAACUGCUUCAUCUCAAGCUGCAGCAUCUCUACUUGCAGAGAGUAAUGAAUGAAGAAUUGUUUGACCAUGGGUCCCAAUCGCUAUCCAAGACUCUCUUGAACACGUAUGAGCGUCACAAUAAUAAAAGCAAUAAAAAGUGGUCUGAUGUUCGAAAAUGAGGGAUUUUACUAGCAUUGUUUUUCUAGAUUAAGAUGUUUUGUUAAAUUGAGUCAGAUUUAAGGUCCUCUGCAUUUUCUUUGUUAUAAUCUUUGAAAUAUAUUUUAUUUGUUGGAGAA